AGAGGAGGCGUUUGUUCCACUGUAAAAUCGUAUGUCAUAUUAGUACGGGCUUCUUCAUCUAUGUGACUGUGAAGGAAAAUUUUAAUUUCUCAAAGUAUAUGCAGAAACAACGCGAACAAACAAAAUGACGAUGCCCGUGAAACGUCUUGAGCUCGAAAAGACCGCGUUUUUCGUCUGCGACAUGCAGAAACGGUUGGAGCCUUUGAUCCUGGGACAUGCUCAAACAUUGUCGGCGGCACGAGCGCUCGUAGCUGCGGUGGUGAACCACUGGAAUACGCAGUGCAAAAGUUCUUCUUGUGAUUCGCAAUUAUGCGAACGGCAUGCAGGAUUUUUAAUACUAGAAGCUUGGACAUCAAACUUUCUUCGUUCAUGCUGGAUUAGCUGACAAAGACUUUGUCACAACGUAGACAGUCUUUUUUGUGUUCUGAUGCAGAAAGCAAAAUUUGUACUACGCAGAGUCUUGUCUGCGUGACGUGCGCAACGAGGUUUGCAUUUUUUGAGUUUUUGCACUGCAUAAGACGGCAGCCGUUGCUGGUAACGGAGCAAUAUCCGAAGGCUUUCCAGAACACCUGUGCCGAGGUGUUUGAGGACCUUGAUGAUGAAAAAUUCGAGCAGAACGAAGACCUGUGCCAACUGAUGUGCGAAAAAACCGACUUUAGUAUGGUUACGGACCAGACCCGAAAUUUCGUCCUGGCUGAGUAUGAUUUCAUUUCAAGGAACUUGUUAUGCUACGUGCGUCGCCGGGGCCUUUUUAUUUUCCGUAGCGUCUUCAACUUUAUUCAUCGUCGCAAAAGCGUAAAAAAAUCCUACACUGUUGUAGAUCAUAUCACUUCAAUUAGAUCCCUUAAAAACUACUUUCUUCGCGUUUUCAUGUGAACUCAGGUUGAAGCAUAACCGAGGAAUCGAGGCGAUCGUGCUGUGUGGGUGGGAAGCCCACGUCUGCGUCCAGCAAACGUGCUUUGACUUGCUAUCCUUGGGUCUGACUGUGUGCGUCGUGGAAGACGCCGUGUCUUCGCAGCGAAAGCGAGACCGGGCGGUCGCACUGCGGCAGAUGCAGAGCUCCGGCGCGAUGGUGCUCACCCUGGAGGCGGUGUUGUUCGAGUUGAUGCGGUCCAAGGAGCACCAUUUUUUCAAGGAAAUCCAGAAGCUAGACGUGGCGCACGCGAAAAGAGUAGAGGGGCUGGCGGACAAAGAAAUGAAAGCGAGCACUAAGAACAACGGCACGUCGACUAAAACGGACAGUAAAGGAAGCAAUAACGCCGCUAACGGGGAGGCAAAAGACAACAAAGCGAACGGAACGGCGAGCAAGGCGGAGAUGAGCAGUGGCGUUUCGGGAUUGCUACCGGAAGAAUGAAGUCCUUCGCAUUUGUUCAAGGCAUUAGAGUGAAGCUACUACAGAUGCAUGCACGGAGAUCUACUUCGGAACAAUUGUUUUCAGUGUAACAUAGUAAAUCUAUCAGAAGAAGUGAUCAUCAUCUUUUACACCAGCACACGAAAAAAGCUGCGCCGCCGCCGGUGCUGGGCGAACGGAUUGAAGUUUCUGAAUGUGCAUAAAGGAAUAAACGAGAUGAUGAAAUAAGCUACGUCAAUCGCAUGCAAAAUGUGAAAUCUUUCGUGAUUACCGGUGCUCUCCGUGGUAUUGAUCUUAAUUUUGAAGGUUCUUUUUCUCUCGCUCUCCCCGCCCGCUCUGUUUGUUCUUGAUCUGGGCGUGCUUGAAAGCACUUUCUUUUUUCUGUGAGAAUGUUGAGAGAACAUCAUACAAGUCCUCACAUGGCUCUUCGAUUGUCGUGUGAAAUUGAAGUUGGCUGCUCGUUUGAAUCGUUUUUUUUGUCGUUCGUAGCAAAGCAAUGCGUUCGUAUCGGGAGUACAAUUGCAAAACAGUAGACGAAUCAGGAACGACGUCUGGCACAUCGGAGAGUUUUAGUUCUCAGAGGUCGAGAUCCAUUUUUUCGAAUCCAGCAGGAGGGGAACAGAAAAGAAAAA